AUGACUAUCACUAGCAUUAUAGAAUUACCUAUAGAUAUAGUAGAGAAAAUUAUUAAUUUAGUUGAUGAUAGAGAUUGUUUAUUAAGAUUAGCAAGAAUUACUUAUUUUAAAGAUAUAAUUUAUAAAAGGUUAUUUCCAAAUUUAAAUAUUUUUCAUAAGUACUAUGAUAAAGCUGAUGGUAAAUUCAUUUCAUUUUACUUUGUAUCAAAAUUUCUUAACUUUUUAGAUGAUUAUAAUUAUGUUCCAAAUGAAAUUUUAACAAAUAUUGAUACAUUAUAUGAAUUGUUUAAAAUUAAACAUGUAAGUUUUAAGAGUACAAAAAUCAAUUUGAUUAUUCAUCCUUAUCAUACAAUUGAAGAUUUGGAAUUUUCAUUUAAAAAUUUUAAAAUAAAUUCAAUUACUGUAGAACCUGAUUUUGAUUAUCAAUUAACUGGGAAACACUACGAUAAGACGCUUUAUUUGUCUCAAUUUGAAAAUGAAAAUGUCCGAAAGCUUACUUUUCCAAACACCUUGGAUGGGUUUUACAUGAAAUACAAUAAUAUUUUUUUAAGGAAUUUGCCAUGUUCAUUACAUGAGUUAAUUUUAACAGAGAUUGAUGACUUGAAUUCAAUUAAAUUACCUUUAUCAUUGAGAUCAUUGACUUUAACAAAGUGUAAGAUAAGUGGAGUAAAGUUAGAUUUGCGUUAUCUUCAUCAAUUGAAGAAUUUUGAAAUAGAGGGCAUUUUUCCAAAUCAUAAUGAUUUUUCACCGGAAAUUUUAUUACUACCAUCGUCAAUAGAAUCAAUCUGUUUGAGUUUUUAUGAUUUUCGAAGUUUGAAUAAUUUAAGCGAUUACAAAAAUUUGAAAGUUUUAAAACUCAUGCGUUGUGAUGGAUCAAUUUUAUUAUUUAAUACAAUUUUACCUCCUCAUCUAGAACAUUUGCUGAUUGAGAAAAUUCUCCCUCAAGAGGUAAAUCCUGAUGAUAUUAUAUCACAUGGUGAGACAAUGAAUUUGAAUAAUGUUGCUAUAGAUUACCCACCGGAAGACCAACCCGAAGCAGACUCACUUUAUAAAAUAAUUGGUGGAAAUAUUUUUCCUUCAACUUUAAGAAUUCUAAAAUUGAAUGAUAUUUGGAAUCUUAUGCUUGAAUUCCAGUUGAAUUUACCUAAUUUAGAAGAACUUGAAAUUAGUAAUUGUCCUUUUUCCAAUCCACUUAAUUUUAUAAAUGAAAACUUGAUUAAUUUGAAAAAAUUGACUAUUUAUCGUUGUUUUAACAGUAUAGAGCUUGUUAAAUUUCCUAAAAAUUUAGAAUACCUAAAUCUUCAAGAUAAUGGCAUAACUUCUUUUAAACCAUUUAAUUUCAUACAUUUGAUUAGACUUAAACACUUAAUUGUUAGUGAUAUUCGAUUAAGUAGUAUUACUGAACAAAUAGCUCCAAAUUUAAAAAUACUUGAUGUUUCAACUGCUGGAGUGAACAAAUUAUAUCAUCAAAAAAAUUUAGAGAAAUUGACUUUAACAACAUUAGCAAGUCUAGAUGAUAUUUAUAUCAAUAGUUUAAAAUAUCUUAAAUUAACAAUUACAGAUGAUUAUUUCUCAUCCAAUUUUUAUGACUACAAGUUUGAUUCAUGUUACAAUUUAAAAGAAUUGAAAUUAAGCCUUCAAACUGGUAAUAUAUCAAGUUUAACUUUUCCUGAUACAAUUGAAAUUCUUCACAUUAAUUUUAAUUAUUAUGUGGCAAAAAAGAUUGAGAAUGACUCUAAGAAAAAUCUUUUUGAUAUAUCAAAUUGUUACAAUUUAAAAAAUUUUAAAUUAGAAAAUGGUAAUCUAGAACAGUUUAAUUUUGAUAAUUUACCAAAAAAUUUAGAAGAAUUAUCAAUUUUUAAUAUGAAAGUAAAAUCAAUUCACGGUUCUUUAAAAAAUUUAAAAAAUUUAAAAUCACUUAAUUUAGAAUCAAAUAGAAUUGAUAAUAAUGGACUUAAAAAUUUUUUAUUUUCAUCUCCAAAAUUAGAAAUUAUUAAUUUAAAUUGGAAUUAUAUUGAUAAUAUUGAUUGUAUUAGAAUUGAAGAUUGUCCAAGAUUAGUUGAAUUAAAAUUGAAAAUGGAUUCACUGACUAAAUUGUAUAUUACUGAUGAAUUCAGGGAAAAAUUAAAAACAACUUGUCCAAGAUUAAGUGUAAUUCGAGGUAAUGAAGAAACAAAUUAA